CCAAAAGCAACGCGCUCGGGAAAUUGUUCACUCAUUCGACAAAGUGCAAAGUGACCGAGCAGUCGUGUCGCGACACCGUCUCUCAUCGUCACCCGGGAGUCACCAACAAGUAUGAGAUUCUUGUGUGUGGCGUUGGAGAAUUGAGCGAAACACAGUGGAGAAGGAAAGGUGAAAAAAUAAAAAAAAAUAACAAAAGGCCUAGAAGCUGUCCGUGCUCUCGACCGUUUUUGUUGAUGGUAGUGUGCGUGCGCAGCUGUGAAUGUGUUGUGUAGAACGGCGGAGAAGAAAGAGCAUGAAAAUUAUUGUGAGUGAGUGAAACCGUAACCGACGACCGUAGUAACCUAACAGCAAGCAAAACGUAAAGAUCGGCCAACGAUCGUGUGUUGUAUAUUGAUUUUAAACCCCCCCCCAUUUUAAAAGCGCGUGUGCAUAAACCUUCAUCAUCAACUGCAAACCCAUCAACUCCCUCUUUUGGGUGUGUGUGUUUUUUGUGUUUUUGUGUGUGCGUGUUUGCGUGUGUGCAAGUGAGCGAACGCUGUUGUAACUGUUCUGGACGGAGCUGAUUAAGAGAGGAAAAAAAACAUACACACAGGAUAAUCCAUCCCUUCCCCCGAUAGCAACGAUGGCGGAAGAUCUGCGAGACCGCAAUGAUCCGGAGCUGAAAUAUCUGUCCGUGGAGCGGAACUCUUUCAACGAUCCGGCCACGCAAGCCGAGUGGACACAGAAGCGGCUAGUUUGGGUGCCGCAUGAAUCACAGGGCUUCGUCGCUGCCAGCAUCAAAGGCGAGCGUGGCGAUGAGGUGGAGGUCGAGCUUGCCGAAACCGGCAAGCGCGUCCUGGUACUUAAGGAUGACAUCCAGAAAAUGAACCCGCCCAAAUUCGACAAAGUCGAAGAUAUGGCCGAGCUGACGUGCCUGAACGAAGCCUCCGUGCUGCACAACAUCAAGGACCGAUACUACUCCGGUUUGAUAUAUACAUACUCGGGGCUGUUCUGCGUGGUGGUCAACCCGUACAAGAAGCUGCCCAUCUACACCGAGAAGAUCAUGGAGAAAUACAAAGGCAUCAAACGGCACGAGGUGCCACCACACGUCUUUGCGAUCACAGACACCGCCUAUAGAUCGAUGCUUCAAGAUCGAGAGGACCAAUCCAUUCUUUGUACCGGCGAGUCGGGCGCAGGCAAAACCGAGAACACAAAGAAAGUUAUCCAGUAUUUAGCGUACGUCGCUGCAUCGAAACCGAAGGGAUCCGUCGCGACACCAACGCCAGCCCUGAUCAUCGGUGGUCACCAUACGAGUUUAUCGGGUGAAUUGGAGCAGCAGUUGCUUCAGGCGAACCCCAUUCUGGAAGCGUUCGGUAACGCCAAGACGGUGAAGAACGACAACUCGUCCCGUUUCGGUAAAUUCAUUCGAAUAAACUUUGACGCUUCGGGCUACAUCUCGGGCGCCAACAUCGAGACGUAUCUGCUGGAGAAGUCACGUGCCAUUCGCCAGGCGAAGGAUGAGCGUACAUUCCACAUCUUCUACCAGCUGCUGGCGGGCGCGUCGCCCGAACAACGCGAGCGCUUCAUCCUGGACGACGUGAAGACGUACCCGUUCCUGUCGAACGGUGGGCUGCCGGUACCGGGCGUGGACGACUAUGCCGAGUUCCAGGCCACGGUCAAGAGCAUGAACAUUAUGGGCAUGACGUCGGAGGACUUUAACUCGAUCUUCCGCAUCGUGAGCGCGGUGCUGCUGUUCGGCUCGAUGACGUUCAAGCAGGAGCGCAAUUCCGACCAGGCCACGCUGCCGGACAACACGGUCGCCCAGAAGAUUGCGCAUCUGCUCGGGCUGAACGUGACGGACAUGACCAAGGCAUUCCUGACGCCCCGCAUCAAGGUGGGCCGUGACUUUGUGACGAAGGCACAGACCCGCGAGCAGGUGGAGUUUGCGGUGGAGGCGAUCGCUAAGGCGUGCUACGAGAAGAUGUUCAAGUGGCUGGUGAACCGGAUAAAUCGGUCGCUCGAUCGUACCAAGCGGCAGGGUGCAUCGUUCAUCGGCAUCCUCGAUAUGGCUGGUUUCGAAAUCUUCGAGCUGAACUCGUUCGAGCAGCUGUGCAUUAACUACACGAACGAGAAGCUUCAGCAGCUGUUCAACCACACCAUGUUCAUCCUGGAGCAGGAGGAGUACCAGCGGGAGGGCAUCGAGUGGAAGUUCAUUGACUUUGGGUUGGAUCUCCAGCCGACGAUCGAUCUGAUCGACAAGCCGGGCGGCAUUAUGGCGCUGCUGGACGAGGAGUGUUGGUUCCCGAAGGCAACGGACAAGUCGUUCGUGGAGAAGCUGGCAGCCGCCCACUCCAUGCAUCCCAAGUUCAUGAAGACCGAUUUCCGUGGCGUGGCCGACUUUGCAGUCGUACAUUACGCCGGCAAGGUAGACUACUCCGCCACGAAGUGGUUGAUGAAGAACAUGGAUCCGCUGAACGAGAACGUGGUGUCGCUGCUGCAGGCGUCGCAGGAUCCGUUCGUGGUGCAGAUCUGGAAGGACGCCGAGAUUGUCGGUAUGGCCCAGCAGGCCCUAACGGACACACAGUUCGGUGCGCGCACGCGCAAGGGUAUGUUCCGUACGGUUUCGCAUCUGUACAAGGAGCAGCUGGCCAAGCUGAUGGACACGCUGCGCAAUACCAACCCGAACUUUGUGCGUUGUAUCAUUCCGAACCACGAAAAGCGUGCCGGCAAGAUCGAUGCUCCGCUCGUGCUGGACCAGCUGCGCUGUAACGGUGUGCUCGAGGGUAUCCGUAUCUGCCGCCAGGGCUUCCCGAACCGCAUUCCGUUCCAGGAGUUCCGCCAGCGCUACGAGCUGCUCACGCCAAACGUCAUCCCGAAGGGCUUCAUGGAUGGUAAGCGAGCCUGCGAGCAGAUGAUCAAAUCGCUCGAGCUGGACAGCAACCUGUACCGCAUCGGACAGUCGAAGAUCUUCUUCCGUGCGGGCGUGCUGGCGCAUCUGGAGGAGGAGCGUGACUACAAGAUCACGGACCUGAUCGUCAACUUCCAGGCGUUCUGCCGUGGGUUCCUCGCCCGCCGCAACUACCAGAAACGGCUGCAGCAGCUGAACGCGAUCCGCAUCAUCCAGCGUAACUGUGCCGCUUACCUGAAGCUGCGCAACUGGCAGUGGUGGCGCCUGUACACGAAGGUGAAGCCGCUGCUGGAAGUGACCAAGCAGGAGGAAAAGCUGGUGCAGAAGGAGGACGAACUGCGCCAGAUCCGCGACAAGCUCGAGAACUUGUCGAAGAACUCGCAGGAGUACGAGAAAAAGUACCAGCAGGCAAUGGAGGAGAAGACGCACCUUGCCGAACAGCUGCAGGCUGAGAUUGAGCUUUGCGCUGAAGCGGAAGAGGGUCGGGCCCGGUUGGUCGCUCGCAAGCAGGAGCUGGAAGAGCUGAUGCAGGAUCUCGAGUCGCGAAUAGAAGAGGAGGAGGAGCGUGUGAACGCGCUGACCAGCGAGAAGAAGAAGCUGCAAAUCAACAUUCAGGAUCUGGAAGAGCAGCUGGAGGAGGAAGAAGCCGCGCGCCAGAAGCUGCAGCUGGAGAAGGUACAGCUCGACGCUAAGCUGAAGAAAAUGGAGGAAGACGUCGCGCUGAUCGAGGACCAGAACCACAAGCUGGUGAAGGAGAAGAAGCUGCUCGAGGAGCGUGCCAACGACCUGUCCCAGACGCUGGCCGAGGAGGAAGAGAAGGCGAAACAUCUUGCCAAGCUGAAGGUGAAGCACGAGUCGACGAUCGCGGAGCUGGAGGAGCGUCUGCUGAAGGACCAUCAGCAGCGCCAGGAAGCGGACCGCUCGAAGCGCAAGAUUGAGACGGAGGUGGCUGACCUGAAGGAGCAGAUCAACGAGCGACGCAUGCAGAUUGAGGAGAUGCAGCAGCAGCUGGUGAAACGCGAAGAGGAACUGGCACAAACGCUCGUACGCAUCGACGAAGAGUCGGCGGCAAAGGCUGCGGCUCAGAAAACGCAGCGCGAGCUCGAAUCGCAGCUGGCCGAAAUUCAGGAGGAUCUCGAGGCGGAAAAGCUCGCUCGCUCCAAGGCUGAAAAGCAGAAGCGUGAUCUGAACGAAGAACUCGAGGCGCUGAAAAACGAACUGUUGGAUUCGCUGGACACCACUGCUGCACAACAAGAACUGCGUUCGAAGCGUGAACAGGAGGUGGCCACCCUCAAGAAGACCCUCGAGGACGAGUCGGCCAACCAUGAGUCAACGCUGAUGGACAUGCGUCACAAGCAUGCGCAAGAGAUUUCCUCUAUUAACGAACAGCUGGAAAAUCUGAAGAAGAUGAAGGGCGGAUUGGAGAAGAGCAAACAGCAGCUUGAGGCGGAAAAUGCCGAUCUUGCUACCGAAUUGCGCAACGUCAACCAAUCGCGCCAGGAGAAUGAUCGUCGACGCAAGCAGGCGGAAACACAGAUCGCCGAGUUGCAGGUGAAACUUGCGGAUGUCGAUCGUGUUCGCGUCGAGCUGCAGGAUAAGGUGACCAAGCUGCAACAAGAAUCGGAAAACAUUACUCAACAACUGGACGAAGCUGAGCUGAAGGCUUCCGCUGCGAUCAAGAGCGCCGGCAAUCUGGAAAGCCAGUUGACCGAAGCGCAACAGCUGCUGGAGGAGGAAACGCGUCAGAAGCUUGCCUUGAGCUCCAAGCUGCGUCAAAUCGAGUCGGAGAAGGAAGCGCUUCAGGAGCAGCUGGAAGAGGACGAGGAGGCAAAGACUAACUACGAGAAGAAGUUGGCCGAGCUGAACUUUACCAUCCAGGAGAUGAAGAAGCGCUCCGAGGAGGACUCGGACAUUGCCAAGGAGCUGGAAGAGUCGAAGAAGAAGAUGAACAAGGACAUCGAGACGCUGCAGCGCCAGAUCCAGGAGCUGCAGGCUGCCAACGAUCGUUUGGACAAGAGCAAGAAGAAGAUCCAGUCCGAGCUGGAGGAUGCCACGAUCGAGCUGGACACGCAGCGCACCAAGGUGUUGGAGCUGGAGAAGAAGCAGAAGAACUUCGACAAGGUGUUGGCGGAGGAGAAGGCCAUCAGCGAGCAAGUGGCCCAGGAACGCGACGCAGCAGAGCGUGAGGCGCGCGAGAAGGAAACGAAGGUUCUGUCGCUUACCCGCGAGCUGGACGAAGCGUUCGAGAAGAUCGACGAGCUGGAAACGAAACGCAAGGGUCUGCAGAACGAGCUGGAUGAGCUGGCAAAUACACAGGGAACAGCCGACAAAAACGUGCAUGAGCUAGAGAAGGCAAAGCGGGCCCUCGAGAGCCAGCUGGCCGAACUGAAAGCACAAAACGAAGAGCUCGAGGAUGAUCUGCAGCUGACCGAGGAUGCCAAGCUGCGGUUGGAGGUUAACAUGCAAGCCCUGCGCGCACAAUUUGAACGCGACAUUCAGGCGAAGGAGGAGCAGUCGGAAGAGAAGCGGCGCGGGCUGGUGAAAGCUUUGCGCGAUCUGGAAGCCGAGCUGGACGAGGAGCGCAAACAGCGUGCGGCAGCGGUCGCCGCUAAGAAGAAGCUCGAGGGCGACCUGAAGGACAUGGAGGCGACGCUCGAAAUGAACAACAAGGUGAAGGAGGAUGCCCUGAAGCAGACCAAAAAGCUGCAGGCCCAGAUCAAGGACGCCAUCCGUGACGCCGAGGAAGCUAAGGCGGCUAAGGAGGAGUUAGCUGCCAUUAGUAAGGAGUCGGAGCGCAAGGUGAAGACGCUCGAGGCGGACCUGAUGCAGCUGACCGAGGAUCUGUCCAGCUCGGAACGGGCGCGCCGUGCCGCGGAGGGCGAACGCGACGAGCUGCUGGAGGAGAUCAAUUCCAACUCCAGCAAGGGUUCGCUCAUGAUCGACGAAAAGCGACGCCUGGAGGCCCGCAUUGCCGCCCUGGAGGAGGAGCUCGAGGAGGAGCAAUCGAACCUCGAGCUGAUGGUGGACCGAAACCGCAAGGCCCAGCUCACGAUCGAACAGCUCACCACCGAGCUGGCGACGGAGAAAUCGAACUCGCAGAACAACGAAACCCUCAAGUGCGGCCUGGAGCGACUGAACAAGGAGCUGAAGGCGAAGCUGUCCGAGCAGGAGACGGCACUGCGCACGAAGCUGAAGGCGGCAACGGCCGCCUCGGAGGCGAAGAACUUGAACCUGGAGAAGCAGCUCGAAAACGAAACAAAGGAACGGUUGGCCGUGCAGAAGGCUAACCGCAAGCUGGAGAAACGCAUCAAGGAGCUGACGAUGAACAUCGAAGACGAGCGACGACAUGCCGAUCAGUACAAGGAGCAGAUCGAAAAGGCCAACAACCGCAUGAAGACGCUGAAGCGCAACCUGGACGAGGCGGAAGAGGAAAUCCAGAAGGAAAAGACACUGAAACGAAAGGCGCAGCGCGAGUGCGAAGAUAUGCUUGAAAGCCACGAAGCGCUGUCGCGGGAAGUGAAUGCGCUCAAAUCAAAACUGAGACGAGGUGGUGCAAUGGGCAGUUUGAGCUCGACCCGAUUGACGCCGAAGCGCGAGAACGACUCGAUCUCGGUGCAGGAUGAAUCGCUCGAUGGCGAAGAUAACAGCAACUGACGAAAGACGUCUUCCAAUGGCAACAAACAGCAGCAGCAGCAGCAGCAACAGCAGUAGUAGUAUCAUUCGCAAACAAAACACCAACACAAAACUCUACCAACCACCAUUCCGGCAAACCUUUUCUACGGAGGAUCGAGUGAGAGACAGUUAGCGGGAGAGAGAAAGGGAGGAAAAGGACAGCGCGCAACAAAAAAACUGAAACCAACAGGUGGUUAGGCCGUAAAUCGGUGUGUUUACCAGCAAUAACGGGACGAGCAAAACGCUUUUUGCGGUGUGGGUAACGUAGAAAAUGCAAUUAAAGUAACAAAAGCAAACGACCGCACACAGACAACCACACACACACGGACAGGGAAGGAUAUAUCAUCGACAUUUGCAAUAAUGUACAUUUUUCUAACAAUACAUUUACUGCAACUAUUUACCAUCGAAGUAGUUAACGGUUUCCGGUUUGUUGACUGACGGGGACUGUAUGGUAACUGUGGCGCCAUGUGUUAUGUGUGUGCGCGCGCGUAAUAAGGAGAUGAUUUCCUUUCUAUGUUUUCCACGCUUUCCAUCCCUUCCUGUCGUGCAUAUCUGCCCAAUAUAUUGUACGUACGCUUUAUAUCAAAGUUGAUUUUUAUGUGAAAUGCACAACAAUUGUGUGUGUGCGUGUGUGUUUGUGUUGGUGGGAAAGGUGCAGAGAGCGCGUAUUUGUUCACAUUCCUGAUACUUUUGUGAUGAGCCAAGGAUAAAACAUCAUAUCUUAAAAUGGGUUUUAAAAGUAACGUUUCUGUUGCCCGUUUGUUUAUUUCCUAUUUUUUUUAAAUAAUGCAAUUCCUUUGUCCUCUUUACACGCGAGUUGACAGUGACAUGAAGAAGUAAAGCGGGAGAGUGCAUUUAUUGGGGGGGGCAGUGGAGACACCGAGUCCUAUCGAGCACAAUACCUACUCAAAAUGGCUGAUUGGGAAGGGAAGGGAAUGACAGCGCCAAGACGAGCGAAUGAUGAUGAUGAUGAUGUUAAAAGUAUCUGUGUGCGUGUUUACCGUUAGCAAAGUGCCAUGUUUAAUAACAAUCAAAUCUAGAUAGAUCGGGAAAAAACGGGAGAGAGGGGAAAGAUAUGAAAGAAGAACCCCAAAACAGCGAAAGAUUGUUAGAUGAAUGGAUUGAAGUGUAGUAAAGUGCUCAUUAAAUGGGCACUUGCAGUUGCAGUUGCAGUCGUCUGUCAUUCCCACGCCCAGCUCUCGUCAAAGGGAUCACGGUCCCCCCAUCCUCUACGAUCUUUUGACCCUUGUUGUGUCCCUUUUUGGCUCGCGUUAUGUUGGUUUUUUGCCCCUCCGCAUCUCCUCGAUUAGCCGGCAAUGGGUGUGUUUAUGUGUGAGUGCGCGCACAUUUGUCCAUGUGUUUAUUUGUUAAGUUGUUGUGUCCAUUGUUUCAAUGUCAAAAAGCCCAAUCAAUUCACCACCUUGCUGGCAAAUGUUGUUGACGGUGUUGUGAGCAGCGGCGAUACGUCGGUACGCUAGAUGAAGAGAAGCACUUAAUAAGGGUUCAUCACGCACACUGGCGUUUGCUCUUAGCAUAGUGUAAAGAGAGGGGAAAAAGAUAAAAAAAAAGAUUGAAUAGAGAGACACAGAAAGCAUAAUUGGAAAAUGGAAGAUGAUCGUUAAAUAGCAAGAAAGAGAGAGAGAGAGAGAGAGAGAGAGAGAGAGAGAGAGAGAGAGAGAGAGAGAGAGAGAGAGAGAGAGAGAGAGAGAGAGAGAGAGAGAGAGAGAGAGAACGAGAAAAUGCGAAGCAGGAUUUUCAGUGUUUGGGUUUAUUAUUUUUUAUUUCGUAUUUUCUGAUUUUGAUUAUUAUUUAAUGUUUUUUUAAUUCUUUCUAUUUUCGUCCUUUAUUUAACUGUGUAUUAUUACUUUUAUAAUUAUGAUUAUUAUUACUAUUACUUUAAAAAAAUCGAAUCGAUCCACAAUUCCGCCGCCACCGCCGCUGUUGCAGAGCGCAGAAAAGCCUUGAAAAUGAAUCGAAUUCCUUACGCUGUGUGAGAGGAUGGUAUAAACAAGAGAUAUAGAGAUUGCACGGGAGAGAGAAUGAGUGAGAGGGGAGGAUAAAUACGCCACCACCAACAUGUCCUUAGAAGGAACUACACCCGUUUUUGCUACUGUAUCGCUACACACCGCUCUUCUAAUCAAAAUGCGACAACAAAAGUUGGCGCAAACACGUCGAACUCUUUACGAAUGAUCACUCACAAAAGCAACACCGGACCUCCUCGCUCGCCGCCUUCUCACCCGCUCCCGUUUUUCUACAUCCUCCACCUCCCUGUCCCCUUUCCCAUGUUACAUACAUUUAAUAAGCCCCAUGUACUUUUUUAUAGGAAAGAAGAUGAAUCGGACACACAGCUGUGCGUUUGCAGCAAAUGAUUAAAAUUGAUAAUAAAAAUAUCGUUUAAAUAUUGAAAACAUUAAACAGAA